AUCCCUCCUCUGUUGCCAUGUCCGUCAACGGUUAUGCCGCUAUGUCUGCCGAUCUCGGCUCCCUCGCGCCCCAUAAGUUUGAUCGCUAUGCUCCUGGUGACAUGGACGUUAGCUUCGACAUCAAGUACUGCGGUAUUUGCCAUACCGACGUUCACUUCAUCAAGAACGACCUGGGCUUCUCUCAGUACCCGAUGGUGCCUGGACACGAGCUGAUCGGCACUGUGACUGCCGUAGGAUCUAAGGUUACCAAGUUCCAAGUGGGGGACAACAUCGGUGUCGGAUGCAUGGUGGAUUCCUGCAUGGAUUGCAAGUUCUGCAAGCAGCAUGAGGAGCAGUAUUGCAACACUGGAUCAACCUUCACGUACGGUGGCGUUUCUAAGUACGGCCGUUGCGGACCUGCAGGCAAGCCAACUGCUGGAGGUUACAGUGACAAGAUGGUUGUCAACGAGCACUUUGCUGUGAAGGUGCCCAAGGAUGUCCAGCUUGAUAAGGCUGCUCCCCUGCUCUGCGCUGGUAUCACCAUGUACGAUCCUAUCGUCGAGCACGGCGUGAAAGCCGGCACCAGGGUCGGAAUUGUUGGCCUAGGAGGACUUGGCAUGAUGGGCAUCAAGAUCGCCAAGGCUAUGGGAGCCGAGGUGACCGCUAUCAGCACCUCCCCUAACAAGGAGGCUGGAGCUAAGUCUAUGGGUGCUACCAACUUCUUGUUGAGCACUGAUGCGGAUGCCAUGGCCAAGGCGGCUAAGUCUUUGGACAUCAUCUUGGACACCGUUAGCGCUGAUCACGAGGUCAUGCCUUACAUCAGCCUCCUUGCCACAAAGGGAACUCACGUCAUGAUUGGCCUCACUGCCAAGCCUCUCUCUGUUGCUGGAUCUGCCCUUCUCUUUGGACGUCAGAGUGUCACUGGAUCCUUGAUCGGUGGCAUGAAGCGCACCCAGGAAAUGAUUGAUUUCUGCUGCUCCAAGAACAUCUUCCCUGAUGUUAAGGUCAUCGGUGCCUCUGAGAUCAAGGACGCUUUGAUGAAACUUGAGGGCAAGAACGAUUCCCUCGUUCGCUACGUUAUUGAUUGCGGUACCUUCAAGAGUGCCUAAGCUGUUUAAAUCUGUAUUUUCAAUGAAGGGCGAUGUGUUUCUUGU